CAAUGCGUGAAGUCUAUAAGCAUCUGUACAAAUAAAGAAAGAAAAACAUGGUAUAAAUAAUGAAAAAAAAAUAGUAAUGAAAAGGACUGAAGUGAGUAGGAAUAAUAUAGAACCCUGAGGAACACCACUGAACCAGAAGCAAUGAAACCUGAAGUCUGUAAGCACCUAUGCGAGAAAGAUAGUAAUGAAGUGAAUAGGCUAGGAAUAAGAUAGAACCCUGAGGAACGCCACUGAACCAGAAGCAAUGACACGUGAAGUCUGUAAGCAUCUAUACAGGAAAGUUAGCAAUGAAAAGGAAUGAAGUGAGAAGGAAUAAGAUAGAACCCUGAGGAACAUCACUGGUAAUAGACUAAGAAGAAUAACAAUGGCCGUCUACCGCAACAGCAAUAGAACGGUCAGAGAGGAAAUAAGAGAUGAAGUUAAAGCUAGAGAGGAUAGAAGCCGUAGGAGGAUAUAGCUUGGAAAUUAAAAUGCAACAAGGAUAAGUUACUAGAAAAAAAUAAUAAGUUGAUAUUGAGCCAAAAUAUAUCAACUGCUUAAAUAUCAAAAGGCAUUGUAAAAAAUAAAUAAAGAAAAACAAAAAUAAAACAUGCUAAGCUAUCAAAAAAUGUAUAUAACCUCUUGUAGCUCUCUAUUAACUUGGAACCAACGACUAAACACACAAAAUUAUAAUAACAAUAACAAUCUAACAAAGUGCAUAAUAUUCACUCUCGUCUUUCCUUUCCCGUCAACAGAAUCACUUUAUAACAAUCCACAAUAUAAUCUUACUACUCUAUAUAACUGCCACUACCCUAUAUUCCUCAUAACUAAGAGAAACAAGAACUAUUUGCGUCUCCCGGCUAUUUCAGGGUCAGCAGGGUCGUUCAGGGAGCUUUGCCUAGACAUCGGUCCUUCCCUAAUGUUCUUACUCUGCUCCUUCCAACAAGUUCUUCCGCUGACUUUCUCUUUCUGUUUUUACACAUUUUUUUUUUACACUAUUUCCUUCUUCUCUUGUAUUAUUAUUAUUUUUUUUCUAAAGGUAAUUGUCCUAUAAUAUUUUCUUCUUUUCUAUGUAUGGCCUCUGUGAAGUUAUCUCAAGCAAUACAUCACCAGCAUAACCUUACAAUUCUAGAACCUCUUACACCACUCUAUCUUCCUCAUAACCGCGAGAAACAAGAACCAUUCGCGUCUCCCUGGUAAGUUAUCUCAAGCAAUACAUCACCAGCAUAAUCUUACAAUUCUAUAAUCUUACAAAAUAAUCUUCAACCUCUUACACCACUCUAUCUUCCUCAUAACUAGAGAAACAAGAACCAUUCGCGUCUCCCUGGUAAGUUAUCUAAAGCAAUACAUCAACUUAAUCUUGUUGCAACUUUAUCUUAUCUUCACGAGGUGGCAGGACACGUCAUUUAUUUCACUUGCUAAAUGAGAGGCGAAGGACAGGGUUAUAUACAGUCCAGCUAAGAUACACGGGAAUAUUCUCUACUGACUCCCUUUCAUCAUCUCAAAACGCGGAAAGCAACGCAGCAAGCCUAAUUCAUCUCGCAUCUUUAUUUACCGAGCUUGAGACAGCGAGGUACCGAGACAGUGAGGAGCUUCGUGAACCACUCCUAGAACUGACUCAUAUCUGGCCUGUAUUAAAAAACGCUCUGCUUUCUCACCACAACUAUUUACAAAGGCCACAAUGAUGAUUAGCAGGAUUUUCAAGAGUGUUUCUCCAGUUUAUAAUGCAGAAAUCUUCUCAAUCUGCCUCUAGAAAUAUAGAAACACCUUAAAAGCUUGAAUAUAUCUAAAUAAAGCCUUUUGGAAUAGUGUAGGUGACGCGCAGAAGUGUUUCAGGAUACAAGCCUCUUCUGUACCACCACUAGAAACGUCCUCCAAGAUUUUGAUUUCGCCAAGGGCCUAGAAACCUUAACAUGACGACCCAUGAGGAGAAAUUCCGGAAUAUUUUUAUUGUUGAGCAUGACAAUGAAAGUGAGAUCAAUGAAGAGGAACUCCAAAGCACUUCCAUCCGUAGAGUGGAAAAUAUCGAGGAAAAAGAGGAACCCCGUGAAAGAAUUGAAGUCCUCACAACAGAAAGUAAGGGAGAAGAAACACAAGAGUCUGCCCUUAGAAAUAACAAAAAGCAACCCCAUAGAAGAAUCAAAACCCUGUCAACAGAAAACGGCAAAGAUUCACAACAUUGGUCUGAAAUCAUUGUCCCUUAUCUAAUUCACUUCUCAGUUAUAAUCUUCUUUCUCCUGUUUCAUGCAAUUUGUUAUCUCCUUCAAGCUACAUUCCUAGUCUCCGCUCUCUACAAUAUCUGUGCAACUAUCGCUUCCUUCCUCUUGCACACUGCCUGCCAUGCUAGCGAGACUUUUCUGUCACUCUUUGUUGAAACUGUAUGCCAUGUGUGUGAAGUCAUCCCGCGUAUUGUAUUCCACAACGUUUUUCGACUUAGUGAAGUUAUCGUACCUCUCCUGGUGCACAGCGUCUGCCGUAUUGCUCUCAUUAUCGUACUUCAUGCUAUCUACACGCUCUGCAAUACUGUCAAGAAGCUGCUGAACUUUAUAGACAGCUGUCUUUGCGAUCUCUGUAGUACCAUUAUCCAUGCGCUGACUCGACGAUUCGUGUGGCUAACUUCUAAUAAAAAAUGCCCUUGCCAAAGAAAUAGAGAGGAUGCUUCAAUAGAAACCAUUUGCUCACAAGUGAACCAUCUUAUUAACACUGUUUUUAGUAUUCUUACAGUCAUCGUGGCCAUCUUGGACAAAACGUUAAGGGAUAUUUGUCAAGAAAGUGUGAACCUUAUAGAUGAAAUUAUGUGCAAAGUUUGGAUAGAAGUGAUGCUGCUGCUUAACGAAAUAGUGAGUAAUGUUUGGAAUGUGACUGUACAGCUGGUUCAGAAAAUAGCCAAGGAAGUCAUUACAACGUUCUUUACCAUCAUUAACUCCUUGCUCCGUCUCAUAGAAACAGAUGUAAAGCGGUACUGUAGCGACGUGGCGGCUGACUUGGGAAAAGCUUACAAAAAUAUGAUAAAUUCAGCGAAGAGGUCACAGCUAGUUCACAAAGUCGCCAAGAAAGUCAUUACAACUUUCUUCAACAUCAUUACCUCCUUGAUCCGCCUCAUUGAACCACAUGUAAAGCGAUACUGUAGCAACUUGACUGCUGGCUUAAAGGGAGUCUACCAAGAUAUGAUUAAUUCAGCGAGGUCACAGCCAAGGAAGUCAUGAUAACUUUCUUCAGCAUCGUUAACUCCUUGUUCAGCCUUACAGAAGCCGAUGUAAAGCGGUACUGUAGCGACGUGGCUACUGGCUUAAGGGGAGUUUACCAUGAUAUGAUUAAUUCAGCGAGGAAGUUAAAAUAAGAUCUAUGGGGAGUUUGAUGUGAUACGGACGCUUCAUAAUAGGCUACUCCGGGAUGCAUGCAAACUUUGUCAUUCUAUAGCUGGACUGUCUGGUCACAUCAAGAAUGCUAUAAUAUGCUGUUGGGAUUGUUAAUGUUUUGCUAGGUUAAGUUAGAUCAUGUUGGGUCAAAUUAGUUAAUGUUAAGUUAGAUUACGUUAGAUAUGUUACGUUCAGUUAAAUUAGUGAAGAUUAUGGCACUAAAACAUGAACUUUCCAAUACAGUAUAAAGUUAUGUUGGGUUAUGUAUUAUGUUAGAUGUGUUACGUUAAGCUAGGUUAAGUUAGAUUAAGGAAGGUUACAACACUUACACAUUAACUUCCCAGUAGAAUAUGAACACCAACCUUCGCCUUUGUCCUCGCCUUGUUUCCUGACUUACAUUUAGAUAACCAAGGAGAAUCAAAACACAAGCAUUUUCAAAUCUUACAAGGCUCCGAGAUUAAGGAAAAGCUACGUUCAUAUUUCCUGAAUGUUUACAGCUUGUAUGCACCACAAAACCUAUCAGCGUCGUAUCUUCAUUGUUUGUGAGAAUUUAUUGUGAAAAGACUUGAGUUCUCGUGAUUCUAGUGAUAGUUUUAAUCCCUUCAAUACUAGGACACAGUUUUUCCUUGGGGUAUGUGUACGAUUAGACCAUUUUAUUGACGUUAGAAAGGGUCUAUGGAAGUCAGAAGAUUAAUAGCCACAGUCUUCACUAUUUCAAUUCCUAACAUAAGUUUCUGAAGCUGUUUAAAAGACCAAAUAGUAAGGAGAAUGAAUAUGGAAACGUGUCAUUGUACUGAAGGGGUUAAAGUGUCUAAUGAAAGUUAAGUAGCUUUUUAACGUUGUUAUCAUGAUACUAGCACAUGAUAAAGGCUCUAAUGAAAAAAAAAUGAAGGUUUUUAAGGUGUUCGAGGUUCUAGUGGAAAUAAUAUAGGUUUUUAAGACUGGUUUUUUUUUUUUUUUUUUUGCGAUGGUUUAAUUGAGUUUGGUUUAUUGGGUUUAUUGAAAGUUAAGGAGGAUUUCACUCUUGUUAACACGAUCCUAGCAUACAAUAGAGGCUCUUGUAGAAAUAAUGGUGGUGUGUAAAGCUGUUUCCUUUUUAUUCCAAUGAUGAUUUAACUUAAUUUAGUUUAAUUGGGUUUAGUGAAAGUUAAGGAGCGUUUCAUUCUUGUUAACACGAUCCUAGCUUAUAAUAAAGGCUCUUGUAGAAAUAAUAAGGGUCUUUAGAGC